ACGUUGAUAUUGUGAAAGAAGUAUGCAAGAAAGAUCCCCAAUACGACUUUAUUCAUGAUAGUCAGUUCAAUCCAACUUUAGGACUUUACAGGAGUUUUACACAUGAAACAGUUCUUUCUGUUCAAGAUUCAUCUGUUCCUAUUUAUACUGAUGGUACACUUACUCGUACUCCUCGACAGAGCUUUACAACUGAACGUUCAAUGAGUUCUAAAUCAGGAUUAAAUGUAAUUACACACUCGUUAGAGCAAAUAAAUGUUAUUGAAAUACCGGAAACUCCAGCCAGCAUGACAUUUAUGCAAACAGGAAUAACUUCGCCUAUGCGUGGUUAUGCAUUUUCACAAGAAGAAGGUACUGGAAGAAUUAUGGCACCACCUUUACGACGUCGUAAAACUAAUCCCGGUCCUUUAGGACAUAUAACUAAUAGAAUUGAAACUAGCCCAUUACGUCGAAUGAGUUUACCGGAUGUGAGAGCAUCUGCUGACAUAACAGCUAUUGCAAUGGGUGAAGAAAGGACACGUAUGGUUCAGUUUAGAGAAUCGAAUAGUUCGACAAGUACAAGUAAUAUACAUUCUCGAAGAGAAAGUGAAAGCUUAGAUGAAUCACCCGUUUCAGAUUCAAUACAGCCAAGACUGACUAGUAAUGAAAGUAGUGAACCAAUAGCUAUGGAAGUAAUAAAUGAUGAUGUUAAUGAUAAUAUUGAUCGAGGAAGUACAAGUAUUAAUCAAGAAAAAGAGACAGACAAUACUGAUCAAGAAGUUACUGAAUAA